AUGUCUCAUCCGAAAAUUCCAGAACGCCCGCACUACAACAGCCAGCAGCAGCAACAACAACCACAUCAACAAAAUCGAAAUUCUCCAUUUGCUCAGAGCUCAAAUUCAGCAGCAGCAACAACAACUCCAGCCACAACAACAGCCAACAAUCCAUCUUCAAAUCGUCUUCAGUUUUCCUCUUCCGUUACGUCAUCGAAACCCACUUCCGGUAUAAUUAAUUUUGGCGCCAAUUUCAGAGAGCAUUUGGAAAACAGUCUCGAAUCUAUUGAAAAUUUUGGCGGAUUCAAGAAGUACUACCGCUCCGAUAACGCUAACUUAUCAGUGGAUAGAGAGAUGAAUUUGGAAAAGAAGGCAGUUGAACUUGGGGUGAAGUUUUUCUUGGUAGCUUACAGCACGUUGAACUCUGACUGUAGGACCUGCUUGGUUCCCACUAGCAGUAUUAACGAAAAACACGGUUGCCAUCUUGCGACGGCCAUGUUUUUCAAGACGACGGGAGCAGAUCCGGACAUGUUUCUGGUUCCGGAUCCAAAGACUUUCAUCCAGCUACCAUGGAAACCGGACUACGCCUGGGUCCAGGGGAACAUGUUUCUAAACGGUCAGCCGGCCCCACAGUGUCCCCGAAGGGCCCUCAUAAACAUGAUGGAGAGGGCAAAGAACAGUGGGCUUGUCAUGAUGUCUGGCAUAGAACCUGAAUUCACGAUCCUAAAUAAAGACGGCUCUGAUGUUGGCGAUAAUAUAGACUCCAGGCAGCCCAUGUCUCUGCAUGAUCCCCUCUCUAUAAUGAGGCUCGCCCCUCUCCUCACCCAAAUACAUGACGUCAUGAGUGCCAUUGGCUGGAAACCCUAUCAGAUCGAUCACGAAGCCACAAAAUGCCAGUACGAAAUCAACUUCUCGUACGCCGAUGCACUGACCACUGCCGACCGAUUCUGCUUCAUGAAGUUUAUGAUGAAGCAACUGGCCGAAGAGCAUGGCUACAGGAUCACAUUCAUGCCAGUUCCAUUUGCCAAUCUUCUGUGUUCAAAUGGCUUGCACAUCAACGUGUCACUGUGGAAUGAAAAAGAAAAAGUUAAUCUAUUCCCGGACGAGGCCGAUGCUAAACUUGGGAUUUCCAAGCUGGCCUACAACUUCAUUGGUGGUUUGUUGUCUCAUGUUGAAGAGUCUUGCGCCAUUCUCUGCCCUACCGUCAACAGUUACAAGAGACUUAAUUUAGGUUCUUGGUGUCCAAAUACCAUAACCUGGGGAGGAAACAAUAGGACCGUUCUUUUAAGGGUCCCCUGUGAAAAUAGGGUGGAACACCGCUUGCCAGACGCAUCCAUCAAUCCCCAUCUAGCCCACGCCAUCAUCCUAGCUGCCGGAUUGGACGGCAUUGAUAAUGAUGCCGAUCCCGGGCCAAUCAUAGACUUCGAAGUUCAUACCAGACCGAAAGAAUUUAAAAAUGUCCCCACAAGUUUGCUUGAAGCGCUAGAUAAAUUCCACGAAAGUGAAUUUGCCCGAGAAUGCCUUGGGGACGAUUAUGCGUUCAUCUAUCUAUUUAUGGACUAA